AUGAGCACUACAUCAACUCAAAUUGCCGCCAUGAGAGGAAUGGGCAUUUACGAGCCCUUUCAUCAGAUUAGCUCAUGGGGAGAUGCCUUCAGAGACGAUGGUAGCCUAAAUAUUGGCCCAUCAACAAUUGUGCAGGUUGAUGCUGGGGUAGACAACAAGACUGAACAUGUUUCACAUGAAUCAAUGGAACCAUCCAGAAGCGAUCAAGAAGCACACAAACCUGCUGAUAAGACACUAAGACGUUUGGCACAAAAUCGCGAAGCUGCUCGUAAAAGCCGCUUGCGGAAAAAGGCCUAUGUUCAACAAUUAGAAUCCAGUCGUUUGAAGUUGGCCCAGUUGGAGCAGGAACUUGAAAGAGCUAGGCAUCAGGGUGCUUGCUUAGGCAGUGCAUCAGAUUCUUGUCAUUUAGGAUUUUCGGGAACAAUAAAUCCAGGAAUUGCUGCAUUUGAGAUGGAAUAUGGACAUUGGGUUGAAGAACAACUUAAACAAGUUUCAGAACUUAGGAAUGCAUUGCAAGCUCAUACAAGUGAUAUUGAGCUCCGUAUGCUAGUCGAGAAUGGCUUGAAUCACUACAACAAUCUUUUCCGCAUGAAAGCAGAUGCUGCAAAGGCUGAUGUCUUCUAUCUGAUUUCUGGCAAAUGGAGAACGUCAGUAGAACGCUUCUUUCUGUGGAUUGGAGGAUUUCGUCCAUCAGAACUUCUAAAUGUUCUCAUGUCACAACUCGAGCCUUUGACUGAUCAACAACUUGCAGAUGUCUGUAACCUUCGCCAAUCUUCUCAGCAAGCUGAAGAUGCUUUAACUCAAGGAAUUGAUAAACUCCAGCAGACUCUGUCCCAAACCAUAGCAGCGGAUGUACUCGGUGUUGGGGUUUAUGGGGGUCAGAUGGCUGAUGCAAUAGAGAAUUUGGAAGCUCUCGAGGGAUUUGUGAACCAGGCCGAUCACCUUCGGCAACAAACUCUGCAGCAUAUGUCGCGGAUCUUAACAAUACGUCAAGCAGCUCGAGGUUUACUUGCAUUAGGAGAGUAUUUCCACCGUCUUUGUGCUCUCAGUUCUCUAUGGGCUGCCCGUCCUCGUGAACCUGCCUAG